AUAUUAUACACAGCAACAACAACAACCACCCAAAAUCACGUAAUAAUAUAUAUAUAUAUAUAUAUCACCUUUAAUAAUCGCCGUGUUAUCAAAAAAGAAUUGACGUUUUUUUAAUAAAUAAUCGAGUGUACAGCAUUACGAGACGCCGGUCGUGUCAAUCGCCGACGACACCACCGCUGCCGCAACCGCCACCGCCGUCACCGCUGCCGGGUUAACCACCACCGAAACGGACACCACGUGAACAACAAAUUCGUAUUAAAUUUCGUGUUAAAUAAUAUAUAUAUAUAUAUAAAUAUAAAAUUGUGUGUGCGCGUGCUUAUAUCAUUUCUCUGUCUCUGUCUCUCUGUUUCCGAUUCUCGGCGUGUGUGUCUCUCUCGCUGUAUUCAUUAUACGCGGGUGUCACUCUCGGGCAGAAGAGUCUUUCGUGCCGGUCGAGUCGUUCAAAUUCACAACGAAAAUAAGUUAUUGAUACAAAUUGUUUAUAAUUUUUUUUUCGUUUGAAAUCAAUCCGUUUGCUAUCCGCCGGUCGUUUCGCGCCAUUCGCUUUCACUGUCGCCCGACCGAUUAAAAUCGAAACGCACGUGAACUGUGCAGCAGCAGUGAGCGUAUAUCUACUGCAAAUCGUCCGAAGCUCGUCCGCGGCAUAUCAUAAUAAUAUCAACCGGCUGGUUCGCGUGCAUUACACACCCGCCAACGACACACUUAUCGCGCUUCACCCUUUCGUUCGGUCGUCACCAAAAGCUAUCACACACACACACAUACACACACCAGCGCGCACGCGUGAGUUAUCAUUGUUAUCGCAUAAUAUCGUCACGAUAUGGAAUCGCAGAGCGCACAGGACGCAGUGACCGUGGCCGCGGAGGUGCCCAACGACCCUGGGAAAAUGUUCAUUGGCGGUCUUAGUUGGCAGACUAGUCCAGAAUCAUUGAGAGAGUAUUUCAGUAAGUUUGGAGAGAUAACUGAAGUGAUGGUUAUGAAAGAUCCAACAACUCGCCGAUCAAGCCGUGUUGCUGUAGCUGAUCAGACCGCUGGAAACGAAAACGAGCUGAAAUAUGUGUCAAGGGGUUUCGGGUUCGUCACUUUCGCAGAUCCGUCCAGUGUGGACAAAGUUCUGGCACAAGGAUCACACGAGUUAGAUGGCAAAAAAAUCGAUCCGAAAGUGGCAUUUCCGCGACGAGCACAUCCAAAGAUGGUGACUCGAACGAAAAAAAUCUUUGUUGGUGGAUUGUCGGCGCCAACAACGUUGGAAGACGUCAAAAACUACUUUGAGCAAUUUGGACCGAUUGAAGACGCGAUGUUAAUGUUCGACAAACAAACAAAUCGACACAGAGGUUUUGGUUUCGUGACUUUCCAUUCGGAAGACGUAGUAGAUAAAGUCUGCGAAAUACAUUUCCACGAAAUCAACAGUAAAAUGGUGGAGUGUAAAAAGGCGCAACCGAAGGAAGUGAUGCUGCCGGCCAACCUGGCGAAAACGCGAGCAGCUGGCCGCGGGACUUACGAUUUUAUGUGGCCAUUGGGGACCUUGCCUGACGGUUUUCCGGCGGCUGCGUACGCGGCUUACGCCUCUAGCCGAGGUUUUUCGGGUUACCCUAGUUUCGGACUCUCGUAUCCAGCAGGUAAUAACCAUGCACAGGUCACUGUGCUCCCUUUUCCCGCACUGCUUGACCAUCACCACAACCAUCACAACACCCAUCCUUUCUAUAUGCAUGCCAUGCCUCUGUGAACAUAAUUAUUAUUAUUACUAUUAUUAUUAUUAUUAUUAUUAUUAUUAUUAUUAUUAUUAUUAUAUUAUAUUAUUAUUAUUAUUAUUAUUAUUAUUAUUAUUAUUAAUGACGACACCAAUGCUCCGGGUCGAAUUCGCAAAACCGAAAGUGUCAUCCGUUCUGUCGGUUUCCAUCGUUAAGAUUUGUGCAUAAGAUAUUUAAAUUUUCAAACAUAAUGUCAUAUUGCAUAAUAUACUCGUUGCACUAUUUGCCGGACGCCUACAACGAUGACUUUUUCCCUAUACUCAACCCCGCGGAGUGAUAUCGCAUCCCUCUUCAAUCUAUAAUAUUMUACUAGGUAUUACCUACGUAUAAUAUCCACGUGUGUGUUUGUUUGUUUUAUAUUUUUCAGUGUUUGUGUGUGCGUGUGUUUGUGUUUAUUGUUUGUUUCUCGGCCCCCAUAUCGCCAUCCGCUAUCGUGUGUAUUGCUCGUCGUCUGGAUUUCUUAUWUUUUUUUUUCGUUUUAUUAAUAAUCAUACUUAUAAGUACUYACUCACCCUUAAGUUUUUUUUUUAUCCGUAAAACAAUGAUGAUAUCAUACAAUUUAUGAGACGUGGUUUGCGAAAGUUCGGCCCUGACGCUUGGCCGGAAUAUAUUGCUCUCUUAUCAAACAUUUUGCUAUUUAAACGUAAAAAAAAAUACAUACAUAAAAUGUAUCACUUAAAUAUUACUAUAAACUAUCAUGUGUCUAUGCGCU